AUGGAUAGUUCGAGUUGGGCAUUUGAGCUUGAAAGGGCGGUUAAAAAUGCUGUCGAUCAGGCAGACUUGUUGACGCGGACGAGGACACAGGUGACCGAAACGGACACGGCAGUUGAGCACGCUCGAGCAUUGUUGCAAACCUGGACAGUAAAAGCGCCGGAGGCAUAUCCUCCAAAUAGGAGCUCCGCCACACCAGAAACACCCCGCACAAGAGCUUUGCUCGAGGAUCUGGAAUAUGCCGGCUUGAGCGCGAUUACGGAGGUUGACCCAAAAAGCAUCAACUCCGCCGGCGAUUUCGUUUCCAAAUACUUGAAAGAGGAAGAAACUUCUGAUCACUUGUCUAAUGAGGCAAUCAACAACACAGAUGCUUUUAUCCAACGGCUGAUGACGAUCGACCUAUCAAAGAACCUUCCUAAAGCAGAGCCAAAAGUCAACUUUCGAGCUGCUCAAAGAGAACGGGUCAAUCUUAUAAAUGCCAAGAGAGAGCAGCGCAGAAAAGAAAGUCAAAUUAGACUGGCGGCGGAAAGGGCUGCCCGCGAAGAAGAACAUAAAAAGUACCAAGAAGAGAAAGUUCGACGAGAAAAGUCCAGGCUCAAGGAAGAUAAAGCAAUCACGUCCGAAAUUCUCCGGCUCCGGAAAGAACUCGAGGGCGAGAAGAAAAGGCGAAACAGCAGUCAGAUUUACAAUCUAUGA